UUUUCAAGAUGAAGCAAGCACUACUGUUUACGUUAUUGCUUGCUUUUCUCAUACAAAUAAAUGGAUUGUCUAUAUUCACAGACAGCAGUGGCAACAGUUCAUCUUUACUGGACAUCAGUGAUUCGGAAUCCAAAACUACGGACGUCUUCCGACAGUUGCUGAACCAAGAAACAAUCAUCAGAAUGUCACUGGUGAAGAACGUACACGCCUUAAUGAAGGACAUGCUGGAUCUGAAGAAAAAUAUGGAGACAUUGGAAACAUCCCAGCAGGAAACAGACGUAGAAGUGACCGCCUUAAAACAGGAGGUUGAAAAACUGAAAAGAGAAAACCAAAGACUUGAGCUUGAAAACGGGCGAUAUGAAGAAACUUUCAGAGCUGUUACAGAAAAUUUCACCAAAGUCGACGAAUACAUUCAACAGGUUGUGGAACAACUGGAAGAGAAAAGAGAACGUUUCGAGACAAACACUAGCAAUGUACUUGCAGAUUUUAAAGUGGAAGUUCGGUACCUGUCAGUUACCCUUCUGGACUUAAAUAAACAUACUUUGGAAAUUGACAAAAAAUUUCCUGAAAUGAUGCAGGAAAAAUAUGAGCAAAUAUCUUUGAGAUUGAACACUUCUGUGGAGAACUUGAACAAUGAUAUAAUUGCAACAAAUAAAACAAUGCUUCAAUCACUGUCUAACCUCGAAAACUCACAAAAUAUCAUACAAAAUUCUAUAUCUGUCGACAUCAAUAAAACCUUAGACGAGCUGAUGGCGGAAGUCAAACAAUCUAAGUAUGACCAAUUGCAACUGUCUACUACCGUGUCGUCUCUAGAGGUGUUCCGAAUGAAUGUGACGAAUAACAUGUCUGGUAAGUCAAAGAAUGUAGCCUUUUCUGCCUCAGUGUCCUCCAGCAGUUCUUCCUGGAACAGUGGAACGCUCGUUUUUCCUCGUGCUAUCACAAAUGAAGGGAAUGGAUACAACCCAAGUAACGGAAUAUUUACUGCUCCUACCGCCGGGAUGUACGUCUUCUUCGUGAAUGUUCAGAGUUAUGGUACACAACAUAUUUAUGUAGACAUUGUGUUGAAUGGAUCAACAAAAGUCAGAGCGAUGGCCUAUAGUUAUAGUGGCAAUCCUGAUUAUUACGACGCGGGUCCCAAUCUGGUGGUGCUGACUGUUCAGAAGGGAGACGCAGUGUGGGUCAGACACCAGUCUGGUAACGGUUAUAACGGUGCCCCAAUUGCCACUUUCUCCGGUUUUCUCUUAUAA